UUUGAACAUCACCGGAAAGAGUAUAUCCUCGCAUAAAAAGACGACAAAGGCAUUACAUACCGUCAGCAAAGUUCCCCUCCUAAUUGUAAUGGCCUGCCGAGCAGCACACUCCAGAACAGAAGCCUGUCCGAAAGCUGUCCGCUUCGCAGCCCUACACGUGACGUAAGACUGGGAGACUGCCCUCCCAAAAACCAGCAACGGGGCCUCGCAUCGACGAACGUUCUGCAACAAUGUCCUCAAUGAAACGUAUCCUGAUAACGGGCGCUGCAAAUGGAAUAGGACGACACAUGGCCUCACAUUUUCUCUCUGGGGGCUAUUAUGUGACUCUCGCCGAUUCUGACUCCCAAUCCCUCCAGACGUUGCGUGCCAUCUUGACUCAGCAGGCCUCAAUUCCACCAGAAACUCUCGAAUCUCACGCUCUUUUCCAGUAUUGCGACGUAGCCAACGAGGCAUCCGUGUCGGACCUUGUCGGAAAGAGCAUAGAGAAAUUUAAGGGAAUCGAUGCGCUAAUAAAUAAUGCUGGCAUCUCGUCCCCGUGGAUUGGCCAGGACCCGAACAUUCCCUUUGAUGCCGUCCCGGCUGAGCAUUUUACACGGUUUUUAAAUGUAAACUUGGUGGGUGCGUAUCUCCUUUGCCACUACACAGCCAAGCAUCUCCGCGCAUCUCGUGGUUGCAUUGUCAAUAUUGCUUCGACGCGAGCAUUGAUGAGCGAGCCGAAUAACGAGGGAUACGCAGCAAGUAAGGCUGGCUUAUUGGGUUUAACGAGGUCAUUGGCAGUGAGCUUGGGCAAGGAUGGUGUAAGAGUCAACGCUGUGUCUCCGGGGUGGAUUGACACGAGAGAUCUGCAGACGGAAGAAGUGACGGGCGUCUUGCGAGCACACGGCAAUUUAAAGGAUAUCCCAGCACCCCCAGAGUUGAGUGAGAAGGAUCACAAGCAGCACCCUGUAGGAAGAGUUGGAACCUCUGAGGAUGUGGCAAAGAUGGUAAGGUUUCUCGUGGAGGAUUCGGAAGGAUUUAUUACCGGACAGAACUUUGUAUUGGAUGGAGGAAUGACCAUCAAAAUGAUAUACGAAGAGGACUAGUUGCCGAUAGAGAUGAACGCUUAAUAUUCGUGUACAUAUCUGUAUAUAGGUCCCUGUAUAUAUUCUCAGAUUACUAUCUUACUAAUAAGAUGAUACACGCUAUCGUCCUCCA